GGCGUCUGCGCUCACUGCCUUCCUUCGCUCUUUACUUUACUGCUCAAUUAUCUUUUCAUCCCAACUUCUAAUGGCCUUUUCAACUCAAACGAAUUUUUCUAAUUACCAAGCCGACGAAACUGGAGAUGUAAUCAUGGUCCCGAUUGCAUCGACUGUCGAACAACUUGCUGGAUCAUUACGACAACUUCGAGAAGAAGUAAAGGAUGAGAUCGAAGAAGUAGAUAUGGAGGACGUGUUUGAACAAGAGUUUUCAGAUUGGAAUAAGGUUGAACCUUCUGGAAUAGUGGCUAUCAUCGAUACCAACAUUCUUAUCGGUCAUCUUAGUUUGUUGGAAUGGGUGGGUGAUUUAAUGGUAGCAGCUCGUCAAUCACGGAUAGGAAACGGUGCCAGAUGUGGACUCUUGAUUCCCAAGAUGGUGCGAACCGAAGUUGAUAAACAUAAAAGGCCUCAAAACAAGAAUAGGAUGGUCACAGCGAUGAUUGAGCCUUGCCCUAGUGGUCCUACCUUACAAAAUCUCUCGAUACACAGUCCAGAUGUUCGAAAGGCGAGAUAUUGUGACCCGUUGAACGAAGUAGAAGCAGUGCGGAUCAGUUUGGCUCAAGCUGCAGAUCAUGCAGUGAAUUGGAUGACCCGAAUGUACCAGGACACACCCUUUGAGCACCGUGUCCUGAGAUUUCAAACCAAGGAUGAAGUUUCUGAUAUUACCCUAGCUCAAGCAUUUGGUAAGACUAACGAAAUGGUGUCUCCAGACGCUUACAUCUUAGACUGCGCUAUCUAUUUCAAACGCCAGUUGACGCCCUCCGGUGGUGAUGUCCUAUUGUUGACAAAUGACAAAGCACUGUCUUUG